AGAUAGACGCCGGUCAGAGCUGUCCCCUGGCAACGGGGCUGGCCGCUUCAGGGGAAAAUCCUUGGAUUGCCCAACCGGAAAGCGGAAAGCGAAUCCAGUCGGUGAAGUUGGGAAGGUGCUGGGAAGAUUUCAUCUCUUCCAGCAUCUAGAGAGCCCUGGCAGACACGAGGAAGGAUGGGGAACAAUGGGAGCUGCUCAGAGCCGAAUGUUGGUUCGCAGUUUCUCCCAGAGGAGCGGGCCGAGGUGGACAGAGUGUUCGGGGCUCUGUCGGAGAAGAGCAGCUCAAGCACCUCACCCAGAUCCUUCUCCCUGAAGGCACUGAAGAGCCACAUUGGGGAAGCUCUCCCCCCAGAGAUGGUCAUCAGACUGUACGACGGCAUGCGGAGGGUUGACGUGACGGGACAGGCCAAGGGGCCCAGCGGGAGUGUCUCCCGGGAGCAGUUCACAGUGGCGAUGUCCCACCUGCUGAAAGGGAACUCCAAGGAGAAGAGUCUCAUGAUCCUGAAGAUGGUUUCUGCCACAGGUGGUCCUGUGAAAGCAAGAGAAAUCCAAAAGUUUACAGAGGAUCUCGUUGGCUCUGUGGCGCACGUGCUGACCCACAGACAGGAGCUGAGAGGCUGGACUCAGAAGAAAGCCCCAGGCCCCCCGCCCAGGGCCAGGGUCCUGGCUGCUCAGCUGUUCUCCGAGAUGAAGCUUGCAGACGGCAAGAAGCUGCUGGGGCCUCAGCACCUGGACUGUGACUGUGACCCAGCUGUGAUCGAGGACUGGGUGUACAGGGUCCACCUGGUGCCCACAUUCCUGAGUGUGGUCAUCCACAGAGGCUUCCUCCUGCAGUCGUCCCUCGAUCUGGCCACUCUGGUCCCCCAGCGUGAAGUGGACCGGGGCCAGGAGUUUGAGAGUGUCCUGGACGUGCUGUCGGUCAUCUAUGUCAACUCCCACCUGCCCAGGGAGCGGCAGCACCGCUGGCACCUGCUGUUCUCAUCCAAGCUCCACGGGCACAGCUUCGCACAGCUCUGCGGGCGCAUCCCCCGCCAGGGGCCCUGCGUGCUGCUCCUCGAGGACUGUGACGGCCACGUGUUCGGUGGCUUUGCCUCCUGCUCCUGGGCGAUCAAGCCUCAGUUUCAAGGGGACGACAGAUGCUUCUUAUUCUCCAUCUCGCCCCGCAUGGCUGUGCACACUUGCACGGGCUACAACGACCACUACAUGUACCUGAAUCAGGGGCAGCAGACCAUCCCAAACGGACUGGGCAUGGGCGGGCAGCAUAAUUACUUCGGGCUGUGGAUCGACGUUGACUUUGGGAAAGGACACAGCAAGGCCAAGCCCACGUGCACCACGUACAACAGCCCUCAGCUGUCAGCCCAGGAGGACUUCCGGUUUGAGAAGAUGGAGGUGUGGGCAGUGGGAGACGCCCCCGAGACGGAGCCGGCCGCCAGCAAGAAGAGCGUUCUCGAUUCGAACCCUGAGGCCCAGGUCGUGCUGCUGAUCAGUGGGCACACUCGCCACAGCGAUGGGCUCCGACAAGUCCCCGACCAGGAGUGAGGAGGAGCCCGGAGCACGACCCCCUGGAUGAGAGCACACAACUUGCCCACCUUGUCCCCAUCCUGUGCGCACUGGCUUUGACACAGAGCUGCACUGGCCAUGUCCAGGUUGUCCUGGACGUGCUCAAUGGGGACAGUAAAAUUCCCCUGAUGAUUAGCGGAUAUACCUCCCAGGUAACCUGAGUGUCAAAUCAGCAGCUUAGCUCUUACACUUUGUUAAUUUAGACCACUGAAAUGCAAAGACACGGAGACAUUUGGGACCUCUGAUGGAAUCAGCAUUUGAUGGGCAUAGAGUUCUUGUGUAUAGGAGGUUCCCCUCGCUGGGGGUCUCUCAGCUUCUCGCCAGGCCUUCCCAGUUACAGUGCCUUGACUUCCGUUUUGACUGGUAAAGGACAGAGGCGUUUGAAUGGGAAUCUCAAUGUUUUUCAAUGUGUUAAUAGGGGGAAAUAGUCGAAGAUUUUGGAGCUAAAAGUGGCACUGGUUUUCACUAGGUGUUUAUGAUAAGGUCCGUAUCUGCCUUCUCGGCUGUUUUUAAAGGAGUCGGUGCCACGAGCAAAUGGGAAAAUGAGACGGAGAGGCAAAGUUGGGUUUCUGUUGCUGAUCUAGUGUGGGGAUGUUUGGAGGCCCUGUGUGGCCUGUCGCAUACAUUAGCGGUGAGGGGCUUGCAGCACGGCCUGGGUUCCCGGCCUCCAGACUCGCCCCUGCCAGGAUCAGCUCCCUGAGCAGUGCUGUCCCCACAGGGGAGGGCUGGCGGUUCCACAGCCUGGGCUCUCUUUGAACACACCCCAGAGGUCCUGAAAUGCUGGCAACCACUUAGGUGGGCUGGGCUUCCGCGGGGUGGGCUGGCGAGCAGAGCUGCCACCUCCCAGCCCUGAAAGAACUCUGUAAACACACUGAGAAUCCCCUCCUUCAAGGAGCUGGGGGUUCCUCCCUCAGACGUAUACCUCAUCCUCCUGUCUUUUGCUAUGCACUUGGACCUUUGAUUACAGAGUUUGCUCUGAUUACAAGCCAUAACAAACUGAGCUGUCUGCAUUUUGAAGUCUCUACAUUUUCUACCAGGAGGCUCAUCACCUUUGCACUUAGCAGUGCCCUUGACUGAGCAGGAGGGUCCUGCAACGCAGCCUUCACAAGGAAAGCACACACUCAGACAGUGUGUGGAGGGUGUGCAGGGGCAGCAGCGUGACACACACAGAUUCAGUCAUGGUUGAUUUUCCUUAUGAAAAGCCAGUUUAGCCCUGGUUGGUGUGGCUCAGUUGGUUGGGGGUUGUCCUGUGAACGAGAAGGCCACCAGUUCGAUUCCCAGUCAGGGCUCAUAUAAGAGGCAUCCAGUCAAUUUUUCUCACAUUGAUGUUUCCCUUUUCUCUCUCUUAAAAGAAAAAAAAAAGAGAGGCCAGAUUAUCAAGCUUCUCGGGGAUAUUAUGUGAUUUCUUAAUUGGGGUAGCAGUUACAAGAUUUGGGGAUCCUCAGAUAUCCUUACCAUAAAUCUGAAGGGUCUUAAAUCUUCAGUUUAUUGUGGAAUUAAAGAAAUUAAAUAAAUACAGUUAAAUAUCUCCUAAUAAAAGAUCCAUUGGUGUCUGUA